AUGGUCAGAGAUCUAUAUGAUUUCUUCUCUCAAAAUACUGAGAGCACAGACGCAGAACUUAAUUACCAGAAAUUUGUACUGCAUAAAUCAAGAGUUUAAAAACCAAAUCUUUCAGCGUACAAAAUUGAAGAAAGUCGGCAAAGAAAAAAAAGUUAUGCUUUUGGCUCUUCAACUGAUAGAUCAAAGGAAGAUAUCAAACUCCCUCCAGUGUUAAGCUAUGAGAUUUCGUAUUCUCAAGUUGACGUCAAUAUUCCUAAAGUCAGAAUUUAAGAAAGAAAUAAUGACCAAUCUAAAACUAGAUUUACCACCGAAUCUAAUAUUGUUAAGGUAAGGAAAACUUAAAAAACUAAAUCCCUCAGACCUGACGGCACAAUUCAGAAGCAACCAUAAAGAUCAUUCCCAUUGGAAUUAGAAAGACCGAAUGAAUAUUUCCCUGCUCAUCCCUUUUAACCUAUGAGUAACACUGAACUUAAGGAUUUGUUUUAGAGUCUAUUGUACUUUAUAAUCAUUAAUCAAUAGAUCUAAACACAGGGUUCGUAAGCCAACUAAUUCCUGGGAUGGAUGACGUAAUC